AUAGCUUCCGAUUCUGCAAUUUUGCCCAUUUUACUUUUCCCUAGCAGCAAGACAUCACUGGGUCCGGCGCCUUAACGUCGCGAUCUGUCAACAUUGUGGAGCACUUGUUAUUUACCAAGGCAAUGUGCCCCAGGAGAAUGAGGGUCAUGUAAUUCUGCUCGCGUUUAAAGGGCAACCCCAGCAUUUCGGGAGUGAAGUCCAGGUUGUUGGUUUCUCGACUCGCACUCUACAAUGUCCUGCGAACCACUAGAUCUCUUUCAUAUUGCUCCCACCUCAAUCGUCAAUGAUUGGUACAUCACCAACGAAUGUGGCAAUUCCUACGCUCGUGUCGCCCUAUACAGUGUGAAUCUAAUCAUAUUCGGCGGGUCAACAGUAGUCGCCAUUGCUCUGAUCCCGUUCAAUUUACGAGAAAAUAGGAAUUGGUUUAGGACAGAUAUCGCACGGGUGUUGCUGACCAGCCUUGCCAUCUCCAUAGCGUACACCCUUACGUACCUGGCUGUGCUACUUCAGCUUCCAGCUAGCAUUAGUAUAAUAUGCUGGUGGCUUGCCUUCAACAUCGGAAAUGCUUUUCAAUUGUCCAUUGCAUAUGUUUGGAUCGUACCGAUUCGGUCCUGCAAGUACUUCGACUCGGAGGACCAAAACUUUGUCAACCGUUUUCUUUUAAGCCUCCAAUACGUACGAUUUCUCAUUUUCGCCAGCUCCAUCGUCUUCAACAUUAUCGUCGUUUCCUUUCAUGUAUCUUACUACAAUGCUGGCAAUGCAAGAAUGGUUUUCGUAACCCAUACCAUUUUCAAUGCUGGAGCUCUGGGAGUUGUCAUAGCCUUUGCCUCAUUAUUUGUUUUUUCGUGCAAACGCCUACGAACGGUGCUACAGAAAAACUUGGACGAUACGCAAUAUUUAGGUGGAGGAUCGUUGCCGCAGCAUAAGCUCCAUUUGCAAAACCUGAUUAUCUUGCUAACGAAGAGCAUCAAAAUAACAAUUACAUCCGCUGCAUUAGUGGCAAUCACUCAGCUGAUCAUUUUGGUGUGGGCGAUCGUUGCUCGCUCUCCCGGCGGGAUGAAUGGCGUUGUGUACGUAUAUGCGAUUCGAUCAAUGGCUGUCGCAGGGUCUAUUGUGCCAGGCAUUUAUUUAUAUGGAUACGAAAAAGUCAUCGAGGCCCGUAAAACUCGGGAACUUGACCAGCAGAGUUCGGGGCAAAUUGCAGCAUUACCUGACCUACGUACCCUACCAGGAAGAUCUGAGGCAAAAUAGCAAGCAGUAAUCACUCGAGAUCCGAGAUAAUUACUGACGAAGAUGUAUCAUAAUCUCUAGAAUUACUAUUUCAACUGGUCUAUUUCAGUUCACUCAAAUAGUUAUUUCCUGUAUAUUCCGCUCAGGGUGCUCCAAGAUGUAUCUAGUACUCGACGGAACAUGUCCAUCAAUGCGCCCCGUGAAAAACUGGGCAGGAAACGAGAUAGAUGGAUAAUGACAGGGGUCAUACUUUGGAAGGUCCACUGUGGAAGGGUGUUUACUGGAUUUCGUACUGCGCGCACCAGGUAGUGGUGAGCAGAGGUGGUGCAGUUUCUAAAAUUGAUACAUUAUUUUUGUAAGCAGCUUUGUGAGGUGCACCAAAAAUAUUAAUUACAACCUUGCAAAUGUGCAC